CUGCUACGUGCUGUAUGUUCUAGAGAGUCUCGUCGAUUAUUUCGGCGAAGUGUGGACGAUAUGUCUGAACGGAUUCAGAGCUUGUUGCACAUCGGAGAUGUUGUGUCGCUUCACGCUGAAGGAAGUGUGAAUGGCUUUCUUUCCACUUUGGGCUUGGUUGACGACCGAUGCGUGGUUGAACCAGAAGCUGGAGACCUGGCCAAUCCGCCACAAAAAUUCAGAGAUUGUCUGUUUAAGCUGUGUCCUAUGCAUCGGUACUCAGCGCAGAAGCAGUUCAAAAAGGCCUCCAGAAGUUCGUCAUCAAGUAAAGACCUUGACUUACUGAACAAGUUGCAGUAUGCAGCUGACAUGGAGAAGAAGCAGAAUCGAGAGGAAUUCAAGAAAUAUAUGGGCUCUGUAAUACAAUAUGGAAAUGUUAUCCAGUUGCUACACAUCAAAAGCAACAAAUUUCUGUCAGUGAACAAGCGUUUGCCAGCCUUACUUGAAAAGAAGGCCAUGCGUGUCUCUUUGGAGGCAGCAGGGGAUGAGGGCUGCUGGUUUUAUAUUCACCCUCAUUACAAGUUGCGGGCUGCAGGAGACAAUUGGUAA